AUGGCGAGACGCAGAUUAAAGAUGAUGAUGGACUUGUCUGUUAUAAAUAAUAAUAACAAUAAUGUGAAAAAUGAACAUAAUGUUCAUAAUUUAGCAGAUAUUAUAUCUUCAGCUACAAUUGUUUUCGAUGAACCAGAAAUAAAUUCAGUUGUAGAAAUAAAUAAUGAGGUGAUGUUAGAUAUUCCACUGGAAAAUUAUGAAAUGAAUACUAUGAAUGCUGAUAUAAAUACUGAAGAUUAUAAUAGAAUGUUAGAAAUUCCACUGGAAAAUUUUGAAUUGAAUACUGUGAAUUCUGAUAUAAAUAUUGAAGAUUAUAAUAGAAUGUUAGAAAUUCCACUGGAAAAUUUUGAAUUGAAUACUGUGAAUUCUGAUAUAAAUAUUGAAGAUUAUAAUAGAAUGUUAGAAAUUCCACAGGAAAAUUUUGAAUUGAAUACUGUGAAUUCUGAUAUAAAUAUUGAAGAGGAUAAUGAUAAUAUGUUAGAAAUUCCACUGGCAAAUAAUAUACCUUUAUGUUAUGAAUUAUUAACUGAGAAUAUUUUGAAACCAAAUGAUAUAAGUAAUGAAAAUGAACAAAUAGAUGUAGAAAAUAUAAAUGUGAAUAAUGUACAAUCUAAAGCUAAUGACACGCGUAGUAUUAAGCCUCAGCCAAACAAAUGGAAAAGAAAAAUUAGUCAAAGAUGUAGAAUGAAUGGCCAAGAAUACACGGGCUUUCAGAGGAAAGGAAAUGUAGUUAGUCAAGAUGUACAACGACCAACAAGAAAUAUACAGCCAAUUUGUAAAUCUAAAUUUUGUAUUAAAGCAAAAAACCGUUUUUGCCAAUCUUUUAAUGAAAAUCAAAGGUUGGACAUAUUUUCUACAUUUUGGGAUUCAUCAUGGGAAGCAAAAAAGACAUUUUCAUGUAAUAUGGUAACAAAAAUGAUAACUAAAAGUAAUACUACCAGAUGUAAUGAUAGUACUAGACGAUUAAAUACAUACACAUAUCAUUUAAAAUAUAAAGAUUUACCUGCAUUACAAGUAUGUAAGAAAAUGUUCUUGGAAUGA